AUGAAUAAGAAGGAUGUCGAGAUAUAUGGACAAAAUGCUGGCAGCCUAUGCAAAGGUGGUUUAUGGACAUGUACUGAUCGCUCAUGUCCAAAGACCUGCCUAGUUUAUGGAGAUGGUCACCACAUAACGUUUGAUGGAAAAAGAUACCGCUAUGAUGGGAACUGUGAAUAUGCCAUUGUCGAGGAUCAAUGUCAACGAGCAAUCGGUACAUUCCAAAUACUGGCGGAGAGUGUUCCCUGCUGUGAAAAUGGAGUGACCUGUUCACGGAAUAUCAGGAUUAUAUUUGAGGAUCGAGAACUAAUUCUCUUGAGUGGGAAUAGAGUAACUGAGGUGUCCCUUGGGAAAACGCAGUGCACAGAUAAUCUCUACACACUUCACACUGUUGGGCUCUAUUUAGUCCUGAGAUUUUCUAAUGGGAUUACUGUGAUAUGGGACAAACGUACAAGACUGUCAGUCACACUGGAUGCAAAGUGGAAGAAUAAAGUUUGUGGCCUUUGUGGAAAUUUCAAUGAUGACAUUGAAGAUGAUUUGAAAACAAAGUGGAACUAUGUGGUGACCAGUCCUGUGGAGCUUGGCAACAGUUGGAAGACAUCACAGUCCUGCUCUAAUACAGUGAAUCAAACAUUCCCUUGUGAGAGAAAUCCAUAUUGUUUAGCCUGGGCUCAGAAGAGAUGCAACAUAAUCAAUAGUGCAGUCUUUCAAGCUUGCCAUAAAAAGGUUAACCCAACUCCAUACUAUGAAGCUUGUGUCGAAGAAGCUUGUGCUUGUGACUUGGAGGGAAAAUAUCUGGGUUUCUGUACCGCAGUAGCAGUAUAUGCGGAAGCUUGUAACAAGGUUGAUGUUUGCAUUCGCUGGAGAACUCCAGACCUGUGUCCUGUGUUUUGUGAUUAUUACAAUGCUCCUGGUGAAUGCAGUUGGCAUUAUCAGCCAUGUGGAACACUGACAACAAAAACCUGCUCAGAUCAUUCCCUCGCAAAGAAGUUAUCUGCAAAUCUUGAAGGGUGUUAUGCCAAAUGCCCAGACAAUGCUCCUUAUUUGGAUGAAAAUACAAUGAAGUGUGUUACACUCCCCCAAUGCACUUGUUAUUACGAUGGAAGAAUACUGCAACCUGGUGAAAUAACAUGGAAUGCCUGUGAAAAAUGCAUGUGUACCAAUGGAGCUACGCAAUGCGAACGGUUUACAACCAUAACUGCGAAAACAACUGUGUCAUCCACUUCAAUUCCACUUAUAUCAUUGACAACAACAUCUUCUUCAACAAUAACAAGAACAGAAACAACAACAGUGCCUCCAAGUACAUCAGGCUCCACCAGUACUCCAACAACAGAAGAAACAACUUCAACAACAGUAUACACCACGACAGCACCGUCAACGUCCACCUCCACACCUGAACAAACCUCCACAACAGUCUCACCAACAACGACUGGCUCAACCACUGGCUCCACAACUGAAACCACAACAACACUAGAGACGACCAGCACAGCCAGUUCCAGUGCCAGCUCCACAACUGAACAAACUUCCACAACAGUCUCACCAACAACUACUGGCUCAACCACUGGCUCCACAACUGAAACCACAACAACAUCAGUGACGACUACCACAGCCAGUUCUACUGCCAGCUCCACAACUGAAGAAUCAACUUCUACAACAGGGACAAGCCCAACAACUGAGACGACUGGCAGCUCCACAGCCACAACAACAACAACUGUUCCUCCAACUACACCUGGUUACACCAGUACUUCCACAUCAGAAGAAACCACUUCAACAACAGUAUACACCACGACAGCACCGUCAGCGUCCAGCUCCACAACUGAACAAACGUCCACAACAGUCUCACCAACAAUUACUGGCUCAACCACUGGCUCCACAACUGAAACCACAACAUCAGUGACAACCAGCACAGCCAGUUCAACUGCCAGCUCCACAACUGAAAAAUCAACUACUACAACAGGGACAAGCCCAACAACUGAGACGACUGGCAGCUCCACAGCCACAGAAACCACUUCAACAACAGUAUACACCACGACAGCACCGUCAACGUCCAGCUCCACAACUGAACAAACAUCCACAACAGUCUCACCAACAACGACUGGCUCAACCACUGGCUCCACGACUGAAACCACAACAACAUCAGUGACGACCACUACAGCCAGUUCUACUGCCAGCUCCACAACUGAAGAAUCAACUACUACAACAGGGACAAGCCCAACAUCUGAGACGACUGGCAGCUCCACAGCCGAAACCACUUCAACAACAGUAUACACCACGACAGCACCGUCAACGUCCAGCUCCACAACUGAACAAACAUCCACAACAGUCUCACCAACAACGACUGGCUCAACCACUGGCUCCACAACUGAAACCACAACAACAUCAGUGACGACCACUACAGCCAGUUCUACUGCCAGCUCCACAACUGAAGAAUCAACUACUACAACAGGGACAAGCCCAACAUCUGAGACGACUGGCAGCUCCACAGCCGCAGAAACCACUUCAACAACAGUAUACACCACGACAGCACCGUCAACGUCCAGCUCCACAACUGAACAAACAUCCACAACAGUCUCACCAACAACGACUGGCUCAACCACUGGCUCCACAACUGAAACCACAACAACAUCAGUGACGACCACUACAGCCAGUUCUACUGCCAGCUCCACAACUGAAGAAUCAACUACUACAACAGGGACAAGCCCAACAUCUGAGACGACUGGCAGCUCCACAGCCGCAGAAACCACUUCAACAACAGUAUACACCACGACAGCACCGUCAACGUCCAGCUCCACAACUGAACAAACAUCCACAACAGUCUCACCAACAACGACUGGCUCAACCACUGGCUCCACAACUGAAACCACAACAACAUCAGUGACGACCACUACAGCCAGUUCUACUGCCAGCUCCACAACUGAAGAAUCAACUACUACAACAGGGACAAGCCCAACAUCUGAGACGACUGGCAGCUCCACAGCCGCAGAAACCACUUCAACAACAGUAUACACCACGACAGCACCGUCAACGUCCAGCUCCACAACUGAACAAACAUCCACAACAGUCUCACCAACAACGACUGGCUCAACCACUGGCUCCACAACUGAAACCACAACAACAUCAGUGACGACCACUACAGCCAGUUCUACUGCCAGCUCCACAACUGAAGAAUCAACUACUACAACAGGGACAAGCCCAACAUCUGAGACGACUGGCAGCUCCACAGCCGCAGAAACCACUUCAACAACAGUAUACACCACGACAGCACCGUCAACGUCCAGCUCCACAACUGAACAAACAUCCACAACAGUCUCACCAACAACGACUGGCUCAACCACUGGCUCCACAACUGAAACCACAACAACAUCAGUGACGACCACUACAGCCAGUUCUACUGCCAGCUCCACAACUGAAGAAUCAACUACUACAACAGGGACAAGCCCAACAUCUGAGACGACUGGCAGCUCCACAGCCGCAGAAACCACUUCAACAACAGUAUACACCACGACAGCACCGUCAACGUCCAGCUCCACAACUGAACAAACAUCCACAACAGUCUCACCAACAACGACUGGCUCAACCACUGGCUCCACAACUGAAACCACAACAACAUCAGUGACGACCACUACAGCCAGUUCUACUGCCAGCUCCACAACUGAAGAAUCAACUACUACAACAGGGACAAGCCCAACAUCUGAGACGACUGGCAGCUCCACAGCCGCAGAAACCACUUCAACAACAGUAUACACCACGACAGCACCGUCAACGUCCAGCUCCACAACUGAACAAACAUCCACAACAGUCUCACCAACAACGACUGGCUCAACCACUGGCUCCACAACUGAAACCACAACAACAUCAGUGACGACCACUACAGCCAGUUCUACUGCCAGCUCCACAACUGAAGAAUCAACUACUACAACAGGGACAAGCCCAACAUCUGAGACGACUGGCAGCUCCACAGCCGCAGAAACCACUUCAACAACAGUAUACACCACGACAGCACCGUCAACGUCCAGCUCCACAACUGAACAAACAUCCACAACAGUCUCACCAACAACGACUGGCUCAACCACUGGCUCCACAACUGAAACCACAACAACAUCAGUGACGACCACUACAGCCAGUUCUACUGCCAGCUCCACAACUGAAGAAUCAACUACUACAACAGGGACAAGCCCAACAUCUGAGACGACUGGCAGCUCCACAGCCGCAGAAACCACUUCAACAACAGUAUACACCACGACAGCACCGUCAACGUCCAGCUCCACAACUGAACAAACAUCCACAACAGUCUCACCAACAACGACUGGCUCAACCACUGGCUCCACAACUGAAACCACAACAACAUCAGUGACGACCACUACAGCCAGUUCUACUGCCAGCUCCACAACUGAAGAAUCAACUACUACAACAGGGACAAGCCCAACAUCUGAGACGACUGGCAGCUCCACAGCCGCAGAAACCACUUCAACAACAGUAUACACCACGACAGCACCGUCAACGUCCAGCUCCACAACUGAAAAACUCUCCACAACAGUCUCACCAACAACUACUGGCUCAACCACUGGCUCCACAACUGAAACCACAACGACAUCAGAGACGACCACCACAACCAGUUCUACUGCCAGCUCCACAACUGGAACAACUACAACAACAGAAACCACAACCACACCUAGUACUACUGCCAGUUCAACAACUGAAACAACUACAACAACAGAGACUACCAUCACACCAAGUACUACUGCUAGUUCCACACCUGAACCUACAAGAACAACAGCGACCUCUACCAGAUCAAGUACUACUGCCAGUUCCACAACUGCAGUUCCUUGCAAUGGAGUUUGGUCUGAGUGGAUUAAUAAAAAUAUUCCAACUAUUACUUCUCCACUUGAUCAUGAACAAUUGGACCAAAUUCAAAAUGUGUGUAAAUCUGCUACAAACCGGAUAACGAAUAUUGAAUGUGAAGCCGUCGAGUUUCCAGGAUUUCCGAUCAGUAAAACCAAUGAUACAGUGACAUGUGAUUUAAACAGUGGAUUAAGCUGCACUAAACCAGCUGGUGAUGACCUUUCAUGUUACGACUAUCGCAUUAGAGUGUGCUGUGAACCAUUUGAAACAACAGCACUUCCAACCACGACUACCCCUGUCUCCAGCACUACUCCACCUGAAGAAUGUUACUGUACUUCAGACCCACCAAGAAAGUGCAAUGAAACAUGGAAAGAGAACUGUGAGAUCUUUACUUGUGUUGCGGCACAAACAUACGAAAUUACCCAGGUUCCCUGUUCAAUCCUCUCGAAACCUAUAUGUUAUACUGGCUCAACUCCCGUCAUUGUCCCAGCUGAAGGUGGCUGCUGUUCAACAUGGGACUGUAAUUUUGACUGCCAUGUAUGGGGGAAUGGACAUUAUCAUACCUUUGAUGGGCUACUCUAUAAUUUCUUUCAAAAUUGUACAUAUGUUCUUGUACAAGAAAAAGUUCCAAGAUACAAUUUCUCUGUGCUAAUUGAUUAUGAUGAUUGUGCAUCACAACAUUUUGUGUCCUGCUCCAAAACACUCAUCAUCAACUACAAUGGAUAUGUCAUCUAUUUUUCAAUUAAGAAACCUCUGGUAUCUGUCGAUGGUAUUGAAGUGAGAUUUCCAUAUCAUGAAAAUGGACUUAGCAUUACAAAACGUUGCAACAAAAUAACUAUUUCUAUUCAUGCUAUUAGAACCACAAUUGUUGGUUUCAAUAACAACUUCAGGAUUAGGGUGCCAGAACAGUAUUUCUUAGAUAAUACCGAAGGACAAUGUGGUUCUUGUUCUAAAGAUAUUAAUGAUGAAUGUACAAGAAGGAAUGGAAAUUUAGAAUCUCUUAACUGCUGUCACAAAACUGCACUUGACUGGAAAGUUAACAAUUCUAAUAAGGCAUAUUGUGCAGCAGCUCCUACAGAUACGCCGUGUGAAGCCCCUCCUACACCCCCAACAUGCGCAUAUGGGAAUACAGUGUGUGAUAUUAUAAAUGGAGAUUCAUUCAGAAAUUGCAGAAAUAAUAAUCAAAAUCUUGCAAAGUACAUUAAGGUGUGUCAGAAUGACCACUGUGCAGUGAAUUCUACAGAGUUGGAAUGUUCUUCUUUGGAAGCUGCUGCCAUGAUAUGUACUGCAGCUGGGGCAUGUGCUGACUGGAGAGCCUCGACAAAUGGAUUAUGCCCCUACGACUGUCCAAUGGGUUUCACGUAUAAAGCCUGUGCUUUUAAUAAUCAUAACUACUGUAAAGAUGGUGAGAUGAUACUUGGGGAGACAUUUGAUGAGGCAGUUGAAGGCUGCUUUUGUGCAGCUGGUUUGAUGUUGUCUGAGGAUGGAACCCAAUGUGUUUUUUCAUGUCAGAGAUGCAAAGAUGAUGCAGGAAAUAUAAGAUAUGAAGAUGAAAGUUGGUCUCAUCCCAAUGAUACAUGUAUCCAAUACCAAUGUUCAAAUGGUGUGGUAACAAAGUUGCAAAUAACAUGUUCGUCUCAUCCAACCUGUGAUGAGGCUAACAAAAUAUGGGAUAGCUAUCACUGCUGCUACACCUGUUUGCAGGAAGUAAAAGUCUGUGCUGUAAAAAAGAAACAGCUCACUAUCAUGAAGGAUAACUGUUCAACAAAUGUUGAGGUGCAAGUAUGUGAUGGAUAUUGUAAGUCAUUUGCCAUGUUCAAUCCCAAAGUGAAUGGCAUGGAACGACAGUGUUCUUGCUGUUAUGAAAAUGAAUUUGAGACAAGAACAGUGAUGCUGCAAUGCUCCAAUGGAAACAUGACUUCACAUUCAUAUAUUUAUGUGAACUCAUGCCAGUGCAAAUCCUGUGGAAACACAGCAUAUUAAUGUUGCGCACACAUAGCCAACCAGCUGAACAUAUUUCAAUUAAUGCUUAAAUUAGACACUAAAUUCUAAACUCAAAGAUUCAUUUUCUUUAUGUAUUCUGCUUGCUU